UAAUCUCCUUUAGGUCGGUCCCUUUUUCUAACGCUGUCCUCUCACCUCUGAAAUAAUUUUCCUUAGUAAACACAGAGUGGAAGUAUCUGUUAAACACUUCAGCUGUCUCUUCUGGGUCAUCCACUGUCUCUUCUCCAGCUUUUACCAUACUUAUUUCAUCCUUACUUUUUAAUUUUCUAUUGAUAAAUUUAUGAAAUAAUUUUGGGCGGUCUUUACAUUUCUCCACAACAUUCUUUUCAAAAUUUUUCUGCUCAUCUCUGCAAGUUUUGACAUUCAUUCUUCUUCCUUGUAUAAUUGUUCCACAGGUCCAGUCUCUUAUUUUUCUUCCACUUGUUCCAUGCUUUUUCUCUUCUCCAAUCUAGCUGUUGCACAUCUCCUAUUGUACCAGUCCUUUUUGAAAAGGUUCUCUGUUGAUCUUUUGGGUACCCAUUUCUCUACUCCCUUAUUAUAAAUGUCCAGGAAAGCUGUCCACUUUUCCUGUGUCCCCCUUUUGAAUAACUAUGUUCCAAUUCACUUCACUGAAAUACUUCCUAAGUCGUUCAAAGUUAGUCUUGCUGUAGUUUAGCCAUUCUCUUCUGUGGUCCUCUUUCUUUAUACUGAGGUUAUUAUCCAUAACUGUGAACUGAAUCAGCACAUGAUCACUUUUUCUUGUUGGGUUUAUGUAUUUAUUUCUUUUCCUUGGUGAAAAUUAGAUCGAGCCUUGAAGAUGCUUCAUUUCCGCUAAAUCCUGUGUCAUCUGUAAUCCAUUGUGUCAGGAAAUUUUCAAUAGCCAGGUCUAGUAGCUUGUUCUCCCAUGAUAUCGUCAUUUUCCUCAAGCAGCUCUUCCAAACAUAUCCUUAUGUCCUCAAGCAUUUUCUUAUAUUCAUCCUCUCUCCAAGAGUUGGAAUAGUGGGAAACAUAAGUCACCACAACGUCAUGGUAUCUUCCAAUAUUCUGUCUUAAGUUUAUUUUCAAUACUUCUGCCUCCUCCACCCCAUAUGUGACAGAUUCCACCUAAUAAAUCCUUCCUAACUAGAAGCAUCACACCUCCUCCCCAUUUAUUCUUUCUAUUUCUCAUCCAGAGGUUGUAUUUUGCUUCACCAAUAUUUAAUAUAUCCCCUUCACUUGCCAAUUUAGUUUCAACGAUUCCCAUGAUGUCUGGUUUCUCCUCUUUUAAAUAGUCUUCUAGUUCCAACACUGCCGACAUUAGUCCAUUUAUGUUCGUGUAUGCUACUUUUAGUCUUCCCCUUCUGCAUUUACUUCCCUCCUGUACCACUUUCUCAACCUUAUGUCCAUGACCCUCCAAAUGAACUGUUUUUUCUCCGCCUCUAAUAGUUUUCCGUUUUUUUCAUUUGCAUCUUUUCUUAGUUCAUUUAUAGUAUCUCUCUCUUCUCAGGUUCUAUCUUUUUUAUCCACACUUGUUUGUAUUCUUCCACCUUGGCGAGUUUCCAGGAUUUACUCAGCGUUUCUUCAGUUGCCACUUGUGACCUAAACCUUAUUUUCAUAGGAUGCUGUCCUCCCUCAACAUAUCUACACAAUCUUUUAAUUUCUUCAAUCUCUCCAGUCAGCUCUUUUUCUUCUUGUAAUGUCCCCAUUAAUUUUUUCCACACAUAUCUUUUUCUUCUUUUCUCUUUCAAUCCACUGAGGUGUACACUCUUCCUUCAGGCUGAAUACCACAACAGUUUUUUUGUUAUCCACAGUGUCUCAUCAAGUUUUCUUUCUGUUUUAUAACUUGAACAACUUUUUCUGUUAGCUUUGUGCCAUUUUCUUUUGUUUGUUCCUCCACAAUUUUCCUAAAAUUGAUCUUUUCUUCCUCUCAUUCUUUAUUCUAAUUUUCCUGUUUUACAUUUAACUCUUCCACUUUGCCUUCAUAUUCCAUUACUUUCUUUUCAUGUAACGUUCGUUUUUGAUGUAGAUCGUCGUGUGUGUGUGUGUGUGUGUGUCAUCUAUCUUUAUAUCGAAAUAUACAUACAUACGUACAUAAAGUAAAUUGUAUUAAAUUCCAGCCAUUUUACAAAACUACUGUACAUAGGUAUAUGAGAUGAGUUCCUUGACGUGAGAGGUAUGCAGUGGGGUGUGGGCAGGACCAAGCCGAGUGGAUGGUGUACAGGUAGUGGGGGACAGUGUGGUGUGGGCAGCCUGUGAGGGGCUCGUCACCACACCGAUCCUCAGCACCCACCGCUCCACCACCACCACCACCACCACUACAGCAGGAGCAGGGCAGGGGGUGGUGGUGGAUGAAGGUGAGAAUGAAAUGGAUGGAUGGCACCCCUCCACCCAGUACAUCCACACUCCACCUUUCAACAGACUAGAUGCCUUUGAGCAAUGAAGGUAACCAUCUAGGUGUGUUGUCAACCACUGCUACCUCUUCCACCACCAUACAGGAAGAGAGACAGACACAGCUGGUACUCUCUGUAUGGAGGUGGCCAACAUUGAGUAAUGGAUCAGCAGACAUGAGCAUUGGUGGUUCUGAGGGCUUACCUGCACAGCCACAGCAGGUUGUGGCAACAAUUUUGGAUCAAGUGAAGGCUGAGCAAGUGACACGGCUCUCUCUAGGGCGUGGGCUGCCAUCUAGAGAAGUGACAGUCAUGCUGGCAGUGGGGGAAGAGGUGCAGGUGUGGAGGCUUCAGGAGGGCCCACUAGGACCCCAGCUCAUUUCCACCACCAUUGGGUUUGGUCUCCUGGCCCCAGACUCCAUCUUCACCAUGUGGUGCCUCACCCCUGAUGCUUAUGCACUAGGUGUUGGCAGUGGAUGGGUGGUGGUGGGUGUUGGGGGUGAGGUGGUGGCAAGGCUGGGUGGCGGAGCAGCAGGUCCAUGCCACAGUGGGCCUCUCACAGAUCUCCACCUCCACACAUCUCACCUCUACACUGUUGGAGGAGAUGGCUGGCUUAGAGUGUGGGAGGCUGAGAUGGUAGAGGAAGCUGCCCUCAAAACAACACGUGGCAUGAGGGAGGUGGAGGGAUGGUUUGAGGCAGGGAUGAAGACAUCGUGGCUUCAACUUGUCCGUGAGCUUCCUGUCCACAAUGGUCCAGGUUUUCCUGUUACCCUCACCCCUGCCCCACUGUCCACCCCUGUCUGGAUUGUACAGACCACCACAGGAGUGAUCUAUGGAGUGUGGGCUGGGGAGUGGUCUGCCCAUGUGCUACACCAGGGUCCCAGCGAGCGUGUGACAGGCGUGGCUCUGUCCCCCACCACCAGUCACCACCAUCAGCUGCUGGCUGCCACCACUCACCAGCACUACCUCCUGGUUGCUGCUUUGCCACAGGCUAACACUGAGGAGAGCCUGGAGCAGGAGGACAGCACAGUGCAGGCGGUGACAACACUGGCCCAGGCGAGGGUUGAGGGUAUUCCCAGCUGUGUCACUUGGGCCACCUGUCAAGUGACAAGAGAUGAUGAUCUGGUGGUGAUAGGUCUGGAGGAUGGCUCAGUGAAUGUGUUCUUGCUGCACCUAGCACCAAAGACAUUUGAGAAGCGCCUCACUCUCAUUCAGGUGGAACGCCCUCAUGAAUGUAGGAUUCAGCACAUCAGCACAACCAAGGAAACUGAGCCAAGAGGAAAAGGAGGAGAAGGAACACCCCCUAUCCUUGUGACUUCAGCAGAUGACUGUAGGCUUUUCCUAUUCAGGUUGACAAGAGGUGCAAAGCUGACAAAGCUUGAACCUAUUGGCUUCCACCAACUGAAGUGUGUGCCACAAAGAAUCACUGUUCAAGGGGCAGUAGUGUUGGUGGAGCUCCUUGAUGGCCUGGCUUUUGAGAUCCCUGCUGUGCUUUCAUCAUCUGGACCCACUACUCAGUUUCCAGCCAGGGCAGCCCCAGACUCGUGGCUCCUGCAGCAGCACUUGCCAGCACCACAGAUGAUGUGGGAGGGUGGCAAGGUUGUCCAUCAGCAGGUACUGGAGGAGAUGAGCCACACCUGCUGCUCCAAGGAUGACCAGCACCCACUCCUUCUCAUGCUCACAGCCCCUGAUGGAUUGUCCAUGAUUGGAGUGACACCCAGGGGCCAAGUGGUUCAUACUCAUAGGAAAGCUGAUGCAAAUUAUAGUGUCAGGGUCUCUACCAAAUUGAAUAAUGGCUGUUCGUGUGACCCAGAAAAGAUGGAUACUUGCAAAAAGACUGAGGGAGCUGCUGACUGCAAGAUUCUGCCUAUGUCAACAGUCAACUUGUGUAAAUGCAGAGAUGAUAAAUUUAAUGGGUUUAAUGGUGAUGAGAAGACAAGCAUAGCAGUAGUGGCCUGUGUGGCUGACAAUGGGGCAUGGGCUGCUGCCUGGGUGGCUGGUGGGGACCUCUUUGUGUACAGAGCCAAGGGAGCCUCCUUUCCCCUUCCACAGUGCACUGAAAGGAAAUUUCGUUUGGUGAGUGUGCGAGGUGUGGGGAGCAGCACUGUGGGCCCCAGCUUGGAGCAGCGGGCACAAAAGGAUGCAGGGGAGAAGCGCAGGACAGCCAUGGAGAACAGAGCCACGCUUCUUCAGCAAAAACUUUCCAAGUUGAAAUGGGAUUUCCGGAAAGUUACUCUCAGAGCUGAUGAGGUGGAGGGAGGAGCUACUUUGCUGGAGGAGAUCCCUCUUCACCCUUCCAUCUCCACCACCCUACAUAAACACACCACUGACAAUAUGAAUAAGGUGGUGUCUGCCAGCAGCCUUGAGCUGGAGCGACUGGAGGUGCUGCUUGGCAAGCUGCGCACACUGUACUCCUGGAAUCCUCUUGUCUCUGUGCCAGCUGUCCAGUUUCUCAGUUCUGGGAAGGUGCUCACUGCUGUAGACCAUUCAGAGGAGGUAUUUGCUCUCCUCAGCAGGUUAGCUCAGAUCUGCCAAGGAAGGGAGGUAAUGGAUGGUGGGGCAGCAGGAGACAUGGAAACCCCUCAGUCCCUUGUAGUGGUGAAGGUACAAAGCCUGCUUGCUGACUGGUUGAAACAGAUCCGAGCAGGAAGGUCAGGUGAUGCUGGCAGCAGAGGAGGUGGCAGUUCCCUGACAUCAGCAGUGAGUGGGGAAGGAGCAGCAGGGGAGCAGGGCGAUGCCACCUACCUCACACCCCGCCCAGCCCACCCAUUGGCAAGGAAAGCUGCCAGCAGUGAAGGGGACACUAGUGAUGAGGGAGAGGAGCACCACAGUCUGGCUGCUCUAGAGGCCCAGGUUCGGGAAGUGGUGGAUCGUGUGGGGUCUGCAGGACACCCUGGAGGAAGUGAUCAUGUGGCUGAGGGUGCCAUAGAUCCAGGAAGACAGCUGCAGUGGCGACGCACAGCUCUCAACCGCCUGAAGCAGCAUCGGGCAGGCGAGGCAUCCAGGAGCUGCCAGCUGGCAGCCUUUAAGAAGGACCAUGCCAUACCACAGGAAGACAACAAAAAAGAAGGGGAAGAGGCAGCUGAGGGAGAAAAGUCUGAGAAUGAGAAGGAUGCAGGGCUUGAGGAGGAGGUGGUUGUGCCUCCACCCAGUGCCACAGUAGAAGAGGUGGAGACACACCUUUGGGCACUGUUGGGAAAGGUUGAAGAGGAGACUCAAAAAACCAGAGAAGUUGUGAAGAAAGCCGCUCUAGCACAGGAAAAGUUACUAGAAACAGUUAACCAGUAUCAAAAAGAGUGGGGCCAUUCCCCUCUCACCUUGCUUCACAUGCCUCACCAUCUACAUACCCAGGUAACAGAUGAUUUGGUGAAUGAGUUCUACUGUGAUCUUUUGGAUCUGGAGGAGUCAGGGGAGGUGGGGAGUGUAGAGGAGAGUCGAAGGAGGGACACAGGGGGUAGAGGUAGCAGCCAAAGGGCCUCAGUAUCCCCUAGAAGGCAAGGAGGAAGUGAUGGUGGUGGAGGAAGGUGGUCCCCUCCCAUAACAGCAAAGGACAAGCAUAGGCGGCAUGAUGGAAGGAAGGAAGGUGAAGGGACUGCUGCUGUGCCUCCCCUCAGCCUGAAGGGAUCACCCCGACAAGGAAGAAUCAAGGGCCGGACAUCCAAGACCACUACCACUCGUGCCCCUCGUACCUCCAGGGUGACCACCACUCGCAGUAGGACCACCUCCACCCCUUCUGCCAGGUCCCCCACCACCAAGGCACAGCGCAGUGGUCGGGGCCGCCGCAGUGUGAGGGACAGCACCCCCCGCCCACCCCCUGCACCCCGCCCUCAACUCACACUGGAGCAGGUGCAGCAGAUCCAGCGUUCCCGCACCUACCAUCUCACCACCCUCAGCCAGGUCCCAGAACCCAUACAGCAGGAGGCACAGGAGGUGGAGGCAAUGUUGGAGAAGUGUCAGAGUGAGGUAGUAGAGGAGCAGGGCCGCCUAGCAUGGGCAGUGCUGAGGGUUGGGCAACUGGUGCGGGCUAUGAGUAUCAUGGUCAAGUACAGGAACACAGAGAAGAGACUCCGCCAUGCCCUUAGGGAGAGAAUCAAAGAGCAGCAAGCCAUCAAGGAAAAGGUGUUGGGUCUGAGGCAGAGGAUUGCUGAGUAUGAGGAUGAGCUGCAGUGCUUGUCUGGCUUGGAGGAGGAGGUAGACAGAGCCUUCACUCACCUGGCCACUGAUAACGCCCAGUUUGAGGUGCAGCUCACCCGCUACUAUGAGUCCCGUGCUGCUCCAGGCAUGCCCCACCACCGCCCACAGUCAGCCUCCAGCAGUAGCAGCAGCAGCAAUAGUGAAAGGGGUGAGGAUGAGGGCCAGGGUGGUGAUGGCAGUGACAGUGGGGACAGUGACUCUGGUCUGGGAACAGACGAGGCAAGAACAGACGGAACGGGAGGUGGAGGAGGGGGAGGGGGAGCAGCUGGAGGGCUGCGUCCCCCUGGCUGUGAUCCUGCUGUAUUCUCUCUUGUUACUGUACUGAGGGAAUUGAGGUGGCGGAUCAGUACAGCAGCAGAGCGAGGGCGGCGGGAGAAGGCAGUGGAGGAGAGGCGCCAUGCAGCCAUCAUGAGGCGCCUGCACCGGGCUGCCUAUGCCUCCCACACUGCCCUAUCCACCCUUAACUCUCUCCAAAGUGAGCGUGAGGAGCAGCUGGGAGCCAUUCCCUGUGUGGUGUGGCUGAGACAAAGUCAGACUGCAGGUGACCUAACUCACCUCACCCGCCUACCUGUCCCUAACACAGAUUUGGACAGUAUGAUGGCUGUCAAAUGGUAUGGCAAUGGCAGCCAGAACAGCAGUACAGGCACACCAGCAGCCACUGAUGACAACAUGCUGUUGACCAAGAAGUACCUGGACCACCUCAACGAAAGGGUUGCUCAGGCCAAGAUUGCCCAGGAGCUUGCAGCACGCAGGCACAGGGAGGGUCGGGCUGAGCGUCGUGCCCUCACUCAGCAGGUAGAACAACUCAAGCAGGAGCUGGCUAACUUGAGACACUCUUACCAGGUAACAAAGGAAUGCAAAUUGGGUAGUGGAGCAGAGGUGGACUUGCUGAAUGUUGAAAACAAGCUAGAUGCCAGUCUGGACCUGCGAUGGCCCAGCAAAGUGGCCAGCCAGGUAGCCCGUCACGACUCCACCAUGAUGCACCUCCAGACAGACACAGCCAGCCAGACCCGGGAGCUGCGGGCAUUGCAGAAGGAGGAAGCAGCUCUAGCAGCCCACAUCCUGGCACUGCGGCAGGAGAGAGACCACCUGCACUACCACCUGAAGCAGACCAUCUCACAGAAGCGCAGUGUUUCCAAGUCUGUGAGGGGCGUUGGGAAAGCAGAGGAGGUGCGGCAGCUGAGGGCUACUGUGGCACGCCAGGAUGAAACUAUUGCAGCACUCAGACUGGAAAUCAAUUCCCUUCGUGACAAGACAGGAACAGUGACUCUACCUGGACUGCCUCCUCUACCCAAGCCCAGUCCCUCCCCUUCCCCUCCAGCCCACUCCACCUCCAGCUGGACUGAGGAGCAACAAUCCACCAAGACAACAGACAGAGACUCCCUCCCUCAAACCUUCAGGCAAGACGAGUACUCUGGCAGGGACAGCAGUGAUGGGACGGCACCAGGAGUGGCAGGCAGCAGUGACGACAAUGCUGACAUCUCAUCAUCUUCAGAUUCCUGAACUGAUAUAAUGUAGUGUAGUGUUGGCAGUCUUAUCCUACACCCUUUAGCAAAGGGGAAAAGUAUACAGACCAAACUUAUUAACCUAAAUUUAUUGAUAUAACAAAAAAUAUAUGAAAAUAAUGGUACAUUUAACAUUUUGAGGCAAUCUGGUCAGCUAAAUAAAUACCAAAUAUAAGUUAAAGUGAGCUCUUUGGAUUGCACUUAUGCUGUUGUCCUUCAGGUAAACAGAGGCUUUUCCAACCCCUCUGUAGUACUCAGAGUGCAGCCCACCUUCGAGUAAAUUAACUGAUCCAGGCACACUUGGUAUUUUCAGAAACAUUGACCCUCUUUUGCUUUGAGACAUGGCCAUAUUUUUUCCUUGUCACAUAAUAUUUGUGUUGCAAAGAAAUGAAAUCAAGUGGACUUUUGCACCAAAAUUUGGUAUCUUACUUUGAAGUCAUGGUGGUUUUUAACACACUUUUUAGUUUAUGUUUCAUCAUAGUUUCCUUUGUUUCACUGAUUUUAGUGUUCUUAGAAAAGCCAAUGGAAUAACACUAAGGACAGUUCUGACCCUGUUGGAAAAAUGACACCAGGCUUGAGGCACUCCAGGGAAAACAGCAAGCACCAUGAGAGUUGAAUUUCCACUUUUUAUAGUUCUUACUUUUAGGCAUGGGAAGUCAUUAUUGCAAAAUUCCAUAAAGGGAGCAAGCUUGUUGGUGAAAAUCCUGUUAAUAUACUGUGGAAUACAUGUAUCUUUCCUCAGUUACAAUAUCAAAUUUUUGCUAUGAAUUUAAUGUUUUAUACUUCUUACCAUUUGAUCAACUGUGGAGAUCAUGAUACAAGUUUGAUUUGAUGCAGCAUUCUUAAUACCUGGCAGAGAAUGACCAUGGCAGAAAUGUCUUUAAGACACUGUGCAACACACCACACACCUCUUGCAUUCAUGUGACACAUCACAGUACAUUUUAAUGCAAUGCCUUGCACACACUUGUCUUAUCUCUUACCAUAUCAAAACAGGAUUAUCUCACUUAUGUGUAACUAGUUUGCCUACCAGACUUUCUCAAGUAAUUUCUGUUCAUUCUAAAGUUAUUACCAUUCCAUCCCACUACUUCCUUUAAAUGCGUCAUAUACUCAUAAUUAAUUUCUUAUGGCAGGACCGCUCUUGCAUUAUCAUCAUCUUGCACACCACACUACCAUAUUCUUUUACUCUUCUUUCAUUGACAUCCUUUCUUAUCUUGUGAGUAAGAUAGGACUCAUUUAAUGCCAGAAACUGGUGCUGUGAUCACUUUAGCAUUGCAUGUAAGUGUACAGAUGUUAUCUAACAGAAGCAUAUUGCAAAGCUGAACACUGAAUGAGAUGGUUUUUCAAAGGCUGUCAUGAAUGGUGCAAAGAACAAAUCCCUGAAGUGCCACAUGAUUGCAGUGGUGCCAUUUCAUGUUUUUUUUCUUUUACAGGUGUCAUUAUGCAAGUCCUUCAUAGCUACACUGUUUGUCUGUUUCUAGGUUAUGAUAGUUUUGUAUAUUUUUCCUUGGCAUAUAAUAUUCCCAACAGGCUUGUAUCAAUACAGUAAUUUCUAAGGAGCAAGGGUCAGGCAAAUACUUCACUCAAGUGGUCCAAUUUUGUGCAAAGAAAUAUGGCUACAAAGUUGAUAACAGCAUAAUGUAACAAUAAAUACAUAAUUAAUUUUUUAUAUACUAUACUGCAUAUGCCUCUUAAAAUCUAUUAAAUUAAUGAGCUAAUAUAAUGCCCUUUUAUACCUGAUUUAUACAUAAACCAGGUAUGAUGACUGAAAAGUAUAGAACAUGACAGUUUAAAAGGACUGCCAGUGUGUGUUCUCUCCUGUCUGAGACAACGGUAAAUACUAAACUAUAUUUUUUACAUGACAUAUAUCCACUUUUGAAAUUAUAAAGGUUACUGUCACAAAGGCACUGUAUGUCGUGUUUAAGACCUUAACUUUGAUUAACCUUACUGAAGUUCUUUUACAAAAAUGUUCACAGUCAACCUUCAGAAGACAAUGAACAUUACCAUACUACAUUUUAAAAAGGCACUAACACUCUUGCAUUAUCAUCACUCCAUACAACUGUCAUCAUCGUCACCUAACUUUCCUUCUUCAUUAUACUCUCGAGUUAAACAAUCUUAUAAUCAUGAUAAUGUGAUUCUAAAUGAAAAGUAAUGGGAUGAUUCCAUAACUUGUACAAUCACUUCAAGUUCAGUUGCAUGACUCCAGUUAUAUACACCAAGGUUUCAUUUCUGCUCAUGUUAGAAAUCCAGAUCAUCCUAUAUUGUGCAAAUUUGUAUGGCUGAAUAUUAAUUGAAGAGUGUAGAUUAAAAGCUAGUAUACUAUAAGAAAGAACCAGGCUACAUAUGGAACCCAAGGGACAUUGUAAUAUUGUAAUAGUUAACAACUAAAAAUCAAGGUGACCAUUAAAUGUUUUUUUUCCAGAUUGACAAUUAUGAUUAAUCUUUAUGAAUCUGAAAGUGACAUUCUUUGGGGUCAUAAAAGUUUGUAAUUAGUAAUACAAAGAGCUAUGUUACGUAAAUGAGGAUAACUUAGAUGCCUUCUGUUCAUGCUGGGAUGUAUCUUGGGAAACAUCAGAUUUGAGAUUCCAUGACAUGUUGAUUUCACAUAAUUAAAGAACAGGCCAAUGAAAAGGAGGUCCAUCACAGAUUUUAGCAUAGCAAACAAGAAUGGUGGGGAGUGAAUGAGUUCACUAAUGUUUUGGCCUUCAUGUGCUGCACUAGACAAAUAGAAAGUGCAACUACCUGUGGUGGUGUUUAUUUUACAUAAAUAGGAUUUCUAAUGAAAACUGGGCAGCUCUACAUAAAUUGAAGAUUCAUAACUUGAAACCUAGGUGUAUAUGAGCACUGCUGUGGUACUUGAACAAUAGGUACAGCAACAGACAAAAGUAGCAUUCACACUUAAAAGCCACUGAAACUAAUUACAGAGAGCUGUGACCAAUUGUCAACUGAUGCCUGGAAGAAGGCAAGGGGAACAGGUUUAGGUUUUCUUUACUAGGUUGAUCUUACUGUGCAAUGGUGGUAAAUCAUGUGAUGGAUCAGGGAACCUUUAAUCAGACCUUGCUGAGAAAAUUUUGUGAGAUAACACUAAUUCUGUCUGCAUCUGUAACAGCACUUGGUUCUAUAGUCUUUGGAAGAAAUACUUAUGCAUAAUUUAUAUCAAAUACAAAAGCAUGCCAUGUCCUGAUACAUAAUGACAGUUCACUACAAUAAGCAAUGUAUGGAGAUACUGAUAACUACUUUUCUUGUAAAUUACUUCCAGUGCACCAAAGUAUGUAACUUAAUGAAGAUGAAAAAUCAGUUUCACCUCUCAAAAUGGCGCAGUGAUAAGCUGUCUUCCUAUCUGUGUUUACAAGACUCACACAAAGCCAAGCAAUUUCUUCCAGACAUGCUUCUCAGUCACUGAUUACAAGUAAGAUUACUCAACCAGUGCUUGUGCUCACUCACGUCUUUACUUCCAUCAUUACACAUUUCCCUAAUUGUGUGACUUGCAACUAGUAAGUAGCCACAGUAAUCAGAGCUACUGGAGGUACAAGUCUUCAGUGUGAUAUGUCAUCUAUUUCUACAACUACAUUAAGAAUAAACUUCCACCAUGUAUAAA